AAACAUACAAGAGGGAGAGAGAGAGAGGUUAAGGAGCUCUCAUAUAUCCAAUGCAACUCUCUUCUCCACUCCCUUUGUGUUGUAUAGUUGCAUGUGCUGUUCAGUUACACUGCUCUGCCUCUCCUUGUUGAGGUAGUUAGGAGAGGAGGAGCAGCAGCAGUGGAGUUCAGCUCACCUAUGGAGGUGGAGGCUUGCUACAACUAUGGCUACCUCCCUGCAGGCAGGCACCAGCCACCAUAUGCCCCCCCUCCUCCCCACCCUGCAGAAGAUGGCGAGUUAUGGGAGUACUUCCCUUGCCCCUUCUGUUACAUCGAGGUUGAGGUGCCCUUCAUAAGCAACCACCUUCAGGAGGAGCAUUGCUUCGACACCAAAAAUGCGGUUUGCCCGAUCUGUGCCAACAAUCUCGGUAAAGACAUGGCUGCACACUUCAGAGUUCAACACUCGCAUCUUCUCAAGAGGAGGAAGCCUUCCAGGCCAAGCUCAUGGCCUGCAGCUGCUAACAACUCAGCACCUGGGAAGGGAACCACAUACUUUGAAGAGCCCCAACACUACAGGAUGAGCAGCAGGCCAUACCAAGAUCCUGCACCUGAUCCACUGCUCUCCCAGUUCAUCUGCAGCAUCACGCAAACCGACCAUGCGAUCUCGGGUGAUGCUGAAAAGAGUGGUGUUGCAAUGAUCCCAGAUGAUCAUAGGUUGAACAAGGGUUUGAGUGACGAUGCGUCCAAGCUGGGACUGCAGGAGAGGUUGCAGAGGAUCGAGUUUCUCACGGAGAUACUCAUGUCCACGAUUCUUUGAUGUGUUCCCUAGGGUUUCUUGAGCAGUUUUUAGGAUUUCGUGGGUGCAGAUGUACCACUGUCACGUAUGCAAAGCAGUUCCCUGCCCAACAUAUUUACGGCUAUACUAUCAACUUUGGCUAUCUAGCUGAAUGUUAUAUAUAUUAUGGUCCAACCUUGUUCAUAUGAAUUGCUCUAGGAGGAUAUACCAGUUUUCUGCAGACUUUUUGUGUGCUGCGAUC